GAAAGACGAAAGACGUUCCAAGCAAGUCUAUUAUUACUCGAGCGGAUGUCUCACUGCUCGAUGGCCAGGCAAAUUCUGGAUGUUUAAGUCAGCAGGUCGAAGGUACCACAGGUCAGCACUGGGAGACACUGAUAGACAUAUAAGAACACAAUGUCGUUUAGGUCAUUACAAAACCAGGACGAUGAAGUGAUCUCUGUUGAAGAAGAGAGACAGGUCUCUGACCGUGCUAACCUUGAUCAAGGCUCGAAGGGCUUGAGAAGACGAAGUGUGGGGCGGAAAAGAAGCAUUCAGCCAGACGGAGUUCAGAAUUCACUUCUCAACACUGCUAUUCCAGAAGAUGAUGCUGUCUUUGCUGUACAAGAUGAUCAAGAGUUUUCUGUCUUUGAGAAGGGGCGAGACUAUGAGCCAGUGUACAUCACCCAUCGCUAUACGGAGCAAGAGAAAGAAACUCUGACAAACUAUGAGAGCUGUGACUACUUGCCCAACCACAGCCAUGUGUACAAACACUGGAUCAAGCGACAGAUGAUCUCAAACUUGGAGACUGAUGUGAAUACUCAAAGAGAAGCCUACUUUGGCAUGGAUGGAAAGUUUGGUCUAUUUAGGGAUCAGAUGCUCCAGCUCAAGAGGAAAGUUGACUCUGAAGUUUUCUCUGAAAUUUUCUUUCAGGAUGGCAAUCUGGCAGAGGGAUUCUUCUUUUGUGCAGGCUACAGCAUUUUGUUUGCUGUAUUUGCAGCUGCCGUUAUUGUGAUCUGGCAACCUAGUGCCGGGGGUUCGGGUCUGCCAGAGAUCACCGGGUUCCUCAACGGUACGCAGGUACAGCGCAUCUUCAGCUUGAAGACUCUGGUGGCCAAGUUUCUCUCAUGUGUGGCAGCCAUUGGAUGUGGGAUGCCCAUCGGACCAGAGGGUCCCAUGAUCCAUCUUGGGGCUAUUAUUGGUGCAGGUUUUAGCCAGGCUUCCUCGGAGUCUUUGAAAUUUAGUCUGCCUUUUUUUGAGAGAUUUCGCAAUCCUGAGGAUCGGAGAAACUUCAUAUCUGCGGGUGUUGCGGCGGGUGUGUCUGCAGCCUUCGGGGCUCCAGUGGGUGGCCUGCUGUUCUGUAUGGAGGAAGUCUCCUCUUUCUGGAGCAACACCCUCUCCUGGCAGAUCUUUUUCUGCUGCAUCAUCUCCACCUCUACUUCAGACAUCUUCAACUCGGCUUUUGAGAAGUUUCAAAAUAUCGGCACAUUUGGAGCUUUUCAAACCAGUCGAUACAUUCUUUUCAAUAUUGAUGAAGGAGUGGACAUCAACAUUCUCAUGUUCCUCCCAUCAGUUCUGAUUGGAAUUAUUGGAGGUGUCUUGGGAUCGCUCUUCACAAUCAUCAACUUGAAGAUUCACAGAUUCCGCAAGCGCAAGCUGGCAGCCAUUACCAGGUCUUGGCUGGUCAAGGUCAUCCGUUUAGCGGAGCCAGCGUUGGUUAUGUUGUUCAUGACUUCCUUCUCAGUGUUUUUGCCAAUGGCGUUUUCAUGUGUGCCAUUCCAGUGCAUGAAAGGCAACUCAGGGGUACUUAGUGACAAUUGCGCCAACGACACCACCAACAAGUAUGACUCUCACUACAACCAAGAGAACAUUUUCCCGACGUGCGAAGAGGGCGCCACCCACCUCAACGGUACCACUCUGCUGACUAACGGCACAUACAACGAGUUGGCCCUGCUUUUAUUCAGUUCCAAAGACGAGGCGGUUCGACUUCUCUACCUACGUAACUCUCACUACAUGUUCCACUAUGCGCCACUCGUGGUCUGCCUCAUCAUCUAUUUCCUCAUGGUCUGUUGGGCUUCAGGGACUUCUGUGGCUGCCGGGAUCCUCGUUCCCAUGCUUGUGAUUGGUGCUCUGUAUGGCCGCUUGGUGGGUCUGGCUAUGGUAGAUUUGUUUGGCGUUCACCUCGGGGACAGCUACUGGAACUGGAUUGAUCCAGGGGCUUUUGCCCUCAUUGGCUCUGCCUCCUUCUUUGGGGGUGUGGCGAGACUGGCUCCUGCCAUCACUGUCAUCAUGAUGGAAUUGACCAAUGACCUCAAAGUGUUGCUGCCCGUAAUGACCGCUGUGAUGGUGGCCAAGUGGGUCGGAGACUUCUUCACACAUGCGUUCUUUCAUGCCUUGCUCGAGCUUAAGUGUAUCCCAUUCCUUAACCAGCAGCCCAAUGUACGCAUUGACAAAAGGAAUGUCAAGCUUGAGCUGUUUUCUGCCGGGGACAUUAUGGCUUUCCCUGUGGUCACCUUUGACCUGGUGGAGCAAGUGUCCACUCUGGCACAGACUUUGCUGGACACAGAGCAUAAUGGGUUCCCUGUUCUUGCCACCACAAAAGAAGGGAAGAAAGUUUUUCACGGGCUCAUCACAAGGUCAGAGUUACUGGUGAUAUUAAACAAUCCUGAUGUGUUCCAACGAGAGAGAACAGAGCCUGUGGAGGAGCCUGACCUAGAUAUUGUUCCAAUCGGCUACGACACACUGCUGAGAGGUGUGAAGAAAGAUGAAGGCACUAUCCGCAAGUUCCUGUCAGAGUUUGUGGAUGCAAAGUCAAAGGUCAAGGAUCGUUACAUUGACCUGAGUCCGUAUGUGAACCAGUCCGCCAUGAGUGUCCCCAGCAAGUUCUCCCUACACCGAGCCUACACCCUGCUCAGUGCCCUGGGACUGAGGCACUUGACCGUAGUGGACAAGGGAAAUGAGGUGGUGGGAAUCAUCACCCGCAAGGACCUGAUGGGUUUCAACAUGGUGGACGUGCUGGGCACCAUCAUGCAGAACAGACCCGACUUCCAGGAUCAGGAUGGACAGAACGGAGGAAAGAAUGGAGGAAGAGAUGAAGAAACAUAUCUAGACAAGAGAGACGACGGGAGUGGUGGGGCAACUGCAGAUGUUGGACAGUCGAGACAGAAUGGACCGAAUCUGCCGGCAGGCGCAACGGUUGAGCUGGGUAAUGUGCCCUCGGAUGUUAUGUGUUGAUAAGUUGUGUGCCCUUGGAUGUAACAUAUUGAAGAAUAGUGUGGCCUUCGAUGGUUUGUGUUGAUAAGUAGUGUGCUAUUGGAUGUUUCAUGUUAAUGGGUUGUGCAUCUUUGAAUGAAAGGUCUUGAUGAGUUGUUUGUCUUUGGAUGACAUAAGUUGAUGAGGAGUGAGCUCUUUAAUGACACAGAUUGGUCAGUAGUGUUCCCUUGGAUGUUACAUGUCAAUGGGUGGUGUGUCUUUGGAUGAAAGAUGUUGAUAUAAGUAUAGGUAGUGUGCUCUUCAGUUACACAGGUUAAUGACUGUUGAUGAGUAGUGUGUCUUUGAAUAAAAUAUUUUGAUGAUUAGUGUGCUCUUGAGUGACACUGGUUGAUGGAAUAGUGUGCCCUUGGAUGUAAUAUUUUGGUCAGUAGUGUGCUUGUGGAUGUAGUGUGUUUAGGAGUAAUAUGCCUUUGGAUGAAUUGUGGUGAUGAGCAGCAAGCUAUCGGAUAUAUACAACAUGUUGAUGGAUAGUGCACCAGUGGAUGUAACAUGCUGUGAGUUGUUUGUCCUUGGAUAUAAUGUGUUGAAAAAUAGUGUGGGAUCUGGGUCAACACUUUGCCCCCACAGGACGCCGAUCGGAGACAGUAAUAGCCAAAUCCUUUUCCCCACGGGACGCCGAUCAACGCAGGUGUGAUAUAGCAUGUACCGCACCCGUAUCCAAGGUUGAUGGGUAAUGUGCUCUUAGAUGUGAGAUGUAGAUGAGUAGUGUGUCUCUGAAUGUAACAUGUUGAUAAGUUGUGUGCGCAUAUUUGAGUGUAACAUGUUGGUGAGUUGUCUAUUAUAAUACUCCUUUGAAUUUGUGCCAGUUUGAACACAUGGUCAGUUAUUGGGUAAAAGAAAUCUUUAUUAUACAUGUGAAAAUAUACAACUAUAUUUAAGUAGAGUAUAUUUAUGAAAUUAUACAAGUUUGUGUUGCCAAAGGGUAUAUGCGAUUAGUGUAUGUGUUUUAUAUAACAGGGCAUGCACAAAAAUGUACUCUUAUAUUAUAUAUGUAUACUGUGAUGCUCAAUAGUACUUAACCUUAUUUCAAAAUAUGAGGCACAAUGGUAUUCAAGUUUUAACCUUAUAAAAGUUUGUUGAAAGUCUACAGUGUUCUAUGAAACAAAGUGUAGGCUUCAUGAUGGUAUACAAUUUGGAAUACCAAGGUGCAUGUAGAACUGUACAUUUUUUUUAUAACUAGGUGUUCAUGACAGCAUAAAACGUUUUUUUAUGAAGAAGUGCUUAUGAAUUUUUCGUGAUGACGGGGUGUGCUUCAAAGUACAGUUUAGCACGGAUAAGUCGAAUACAGAAGACUCGAAAUCACGCUUCCGUCGAACUGUGCCUGCGGUCUCGUUUUUUUUGUUGUUUUUUUUCUUUAUCUUUGUAAGAUAUCCCUUGAACUAUGGAUCCCUUGAACUUCCGAAGCCGGUCCUGACUAAUUCGAGCUAUCCAUGUUAUAAUGUUUACUGUUUUGAAUUAAAACGGAGUAGACUUGACCAGCUUAUGAACUGGGUUUAUUUAUCAAUACAAAGAAUAUAAAAAAUACACCUUCUUUUCAUAGGCUAUUUUUAAUUUUAAGGUAUAUCUUUUGUAUCAUAAUGGAAGAACAUGAAAAUGUUUACAAUGUAUUUCACAUGCUCAUGUGGUCAAUUUUUAUGUUAAUGCUGUUUUACUUUCACUGAAGUCUUCCUCUUCUUCUUUGGAACUCCUUUGCCUGUGGUUAUGUAUAUUUCUACCACAUCCGGGGUUUUUUUUUCCAUCAGGCGGCUUCAUACAGCGUUGCAUUCAGCUACAUUCCCUACUCUAGUAGUAGUAGUAGUGUCCCUUGGGGAACUUAUCUCAUUGCAUUCCCAACCUAAGGUGAAAAGUGGUCAAAUUCUUUUCCUGAAUAUUUGACCCGAGGCCUUUCCCGCAAAGCGAAACUCAAAUACUUUUCCUGAAAAUAUGAGUCCAGUUCUUUUCCUCUCGAACAGAUAUAUCUACUACUACUUCAGAGAACAAAAUUCAAGUACUUUGACAGGGACUAUACCUUGAGUACUUUUUUAGGGGACUGUUGCUGAGACUAGAUGUCAAAUAUUUUUUUGUGGAGAAUACUCAAGUACUUCUACUGGAGAAGAACUCUGUUCGUUGUGCAGCCUGGAACUAAAUUUUACUCCUCUAGAAAUAAGUCAACAAAGUAACUAACUGCAAUGAUAUUUUAUUUUUAAGGUAAAUGUUACGCCCCUGUUGACACAGUUUAGUUCAUUUUGGCUUCUGAUCCUGCCUGUCGGGGCCGACCCGGACUGAGAGGAAUACAACAUACCAGCUGAAAGUAGACCGAGAUUGCUUGAUAAAAAUUUCUCCCUACUCGGGAAUCGAACUCAGGUCUCCUGCAUGGGACAGCAAACUGCCUUACCAGUACUGCUCAAAAGAUGUUGUAAGGAUAUUGUGCCCAGAAAUAUUUCUUAAGUUUUCCUUGUUACAGCUGAUUCGAUUUACUCCAGCACCAUAGCCAAAAGAUAUUUCAAAUGUAAAAAUAUCUUCAGAAGGUGCUAUCAGCAGAUGGAUAUAAAAAUAUAAUCACCAGAUGAUAUUUGCUGAAAAUUAUCAUUGUUAGGUGAUAGAACUGUACUUGCGAGAGAGUGUUGUUAUUUUUUUUUUUUAUAUUGCUUUUCGAUGGAGUACACAAAAAUAUGGAUGAUUGAAUUGUUUGAAAAAUAACACUGAUGAUAACAUGGUGAAAAUGUUAUCACUAGAUGAAUGUGAUGUUGUUGUUUUGUUAUCCCUUUUUCCCAAUAUAAAAAUUUCAAAAACUAUAUCUCUGGAUGAAAUUAGUUUGAAAAUAUUGUCUUCAUCAAAUAAAAAACCUACUAUCAAUGCACGAAAUAAUUUUUCAAAGUUGUGUUAAGGAAUAAUGUGGAAGUAAAACUAUUUUCUGAAUUAAUUUAUCAAAAUAUUUUAUCUUGAUGAGAUAUAAAAAAAUACUCUCACUGAAUAAAAUCGUUGCAAAACAACUCCAGACUGAAAACUGUCUCUGGCUGCUAAUUAGUAAAAUGAUCUAGUCUUACUAAAUUGUUUAAUAAUGAUGUGCAAUAUAACUUUGCCUUCUUCAUGAUUACUUAUAUUCUUCUUACCUCAAUUAUUGUUUCAUGACAUUCCAUGUUCUAAUGAUUCCAUUGAUCCAUUAAUGAGUAUGUUUAUUGAAAACUGGAAAAAUAAGUAACUCCAUUUGAUCUACAUUUUCCUGGAAAGUACUGUCAUCAGAGUUACUCAUUUUUCUUGUGACUGGGAUGAUAUGUGUGUAUUAAAUAUUUAUUAGUGUUAACACAUGGUCAGUUUUGGGGAUUGUGAAGUUAUUUGAAUAAUCUUAAAGCUUGUUCAUUUGUCUUGCUUUUUAUGAAAAAAUACCAUCUACAUGUAUCUUGAAUAGAAGUCAAGAUUAUUUUAAUGAUUGGAGAAGACGGGGGUCUACCUGGUGUCAGAGGUAAAAUUUGCUAGAAAAUGGCAGCCAAACUUUGAUGACUUUCAGAGCUGAGUGCCCUUGGAAACUGCAAAUUUACAUUUAAAUGCCUUUGGUCAACAAAUGUCUGUGAAAUCCACACAAAAAUAUGUUUUUAAUUAGACGUAAAAGGUGUUGGGCCAAAAAUAAUUAAAUGCUGAUAAAAAUUGCCCUUGGCCGACCACCUGAAAAAUGGAGAUUUCUUCGAUUCCAUUAUUUUGACAUACGCCUGAUUUCACCUCAAUGCCACUCAUGUGUGUGUGUUAAAUGUGUGGUUCAACAUAAACUUCAAUAAAGAUUUAAAUUUUAUAAAGUA